UUUCCAUAAAAUAAAAGGAGGUUAUGAAAUGGCGGGAGAAAAUCUGGGGAUCUUGGGACGGUCAUGGCGUUGCAUACAUCUUGAAAGAAUUCCAUUUAAGAAUGUUUAGGCAACAGCUCUUUAACGCAGACCAUGAAGUGUCUAAUACCAGGAAGGUUUGUAAAAUUAUUUGGAAGAGCAAUACACUGUCUUUCGAAAAUUGGUGAUGAAUUGUACCUCGAAGCAUCUGAAGAUGGGCUUGCACUUCGAACUGUUAACUCUUCAAGAUCAGCAUUUGGUUGUUUUCUCUUCAAUGAAAGUUUCUUUCACGAGUUCAAUAUUAAAAUCAGCAAUAGCAAUGGAUCAAAAGAAGAUGAAGAAGUUGAAAGAUUCAAAAUUUCUAUGAAGUCUUGCCUUGGAGUCUUCAAAUCAUUGAACACAAUAGAAAAAAAUGUGGAUACUUGCAGACUGGAAUAUGAUGAAAAAAACUCUAGGAUUGUUUUCCAGUUAUUCUGUAAACAUGGAAUAGUGAAAACUCAUAAUCUAACUUUCCAAGAAAGUGAAAGUCUCCAGGCCGUGUUUUCAAAAGAUCUUUGCCCAAAUCUUAUCAUAACUUCAGCAAAGGUACUUAUUGAUACAGCAGCAAAUUUUCCAAAUAGCUGCGAAGAGGUGACAUUCUGCUGCACACCGGAGUCACUCACAAUUAAGAAUUACAUUGAAGAUGAGCCAGAUCCCAGUAAGAUUGUUCACACUGAAAUGAGGCUUCAUCCUGGAGAGUUUGAAAAUUACCGAAUUGGUGUGGAUGCAGACAUUACUUUCUGUCUGAAGGAAGCCAGGGCUAUUCUUGCAUUUUCUGACUUUGCUGCGCAGCCAGUAAACAUCCACUUCGCUGCACCUGGCAAGCCAGUUGUGUUUUCAUUGGAUGGAGAUAGCCUAUACUUGGCUGACUUUGUUCUGGCAACAUUAAUGGAACAUUCCAUAUCCUCACAGGGAAGCCAACCUGCCGAGGCAACCAUGGAACGGGCAGCAAAUACGAUCAAACCACGGCCUACAAAAAUUAAGAAAGGUGCAGGUUCACACAAGAGCAGCAAAGAUGCAAAGAAGGCUCUUGAAGAAAGCGAUAUACCUGUGGAAGUAACCUGCGAUGAAGAUGCUCUAAAUGCAGUUGACCUAAGAUCGUUGUCCACGCCGCCAUAUAAUGCCAAUAAAACAGCUAGGAAAGGGUCAGAGCACAAUACAGAAUCACAUGGAAACGAAGAAGAUGAUUUCUUUAGUGAAUCUUUUCCAUAUAAAGACAUGCUGAAAAAGAACAAAGCACAUUCAAGUGAAGCCUCUGAGCAUCAAUCUGGAUAUGGAGAAGACCCUGUUUUGCAAGUAAAAGGUUAUGUUGACUCGCAGAAUAAAUCAGUGCUUUCAGCAGACGUUUCUUUGCCCUUCGUUGGUAACAGUGUAACUCCUCAAAAUGAAAUGCCGAAGACGAAUUUUGAUGUUUGCGAUGAUGUGUUGCCCUCUACACCACCAAGCAAGAAGUUCAAGUCGAUCUUUUUUGGAACAGUGACUUCUCCUGCGGAAAUACGAAAAAGGCGCAAACUUCACGAAACAGUGCUUGCAGAAGAUACAGAUGACGAAAAUGGACCGUAAGAUAAAUGCGAAGAUCCCGUUACUAAAUACCCAUGUGAUCCUGGUCUCUUUCGCUGCUUAUAACCGAGGUUCAGUUAAAUUAUCUUUCCAAAUCUUUCUUUGUUUACCAGUUAUUGCAAACGAUGUUCCUAGAGCUUUGUUGAAGACCGGUACAGUGUAAAGGCAAUCGGCAGAUAUUUAAGUGGCUCAAACCACUUGUCAUUCAACUAUUAGCCAAUCAAUAAGUCCCUGAGUGGUAUCACGCUUAUUGAUUGGCCAUUUUUUGAUUGACAGACGACACUGCCUUUAAUGAUGAUCAAAGGCAUCUUCAUUUCAGAAUUUAUGCUUGUAUUUUAUCGGUAUUUGUUAUAUUGCUUGUAGGGCAGUAACAUUUCAAACUUUUCAUUGAAUACUGUUAACUGUUUUCAAAAAGCUUCCUAAUCCUUGUUAUAUUCUCACUCUGUUUAUAUAAGUGCUUAAAGAAACGCCAUGUUCUCGAGUCGAUACUCAAAAUUCAACUAACUAUUUACAUAACUAACAUGUGGCUAAUAAGCAGUCAUAGGGUGUCAAUAUCACAAUAUAACAUCUCUCCCUUUCUUCGAAAUGUCUCUUCUCGGGAUGAAAUAUAAGCAAAAAAAACAAAUGUUAUGUGAUUAUAUUGAAUAUGAUAAGUACUUAAUGAGUUACAACUGUUCCGUAAAAGUUUGUCAUCAUCCUGUUUCGUACUGGAUAUCUAAAUUGAGGUUGUUAUUCUUCCUGGUUCUGUUCAUUAAUCUGUUCAUUGUCGCUAAUCAGCUUUUCUGGUAUUCCAUGAGUAGAAAAUAUUCUAUCAAAUUUGGGAAUGACAGCAGAAGUAGAUUUUACAAAUUCCACCUCUUGGAAACGUGAAUAACAGUCAUAGACGACAAGCAGAUGUCCUCCUAAUGAUAAAGGUCCUUUAAAGUCAGUUUUUAAGGUGUGCCAUGGGCGUGGUGGCAGUGUACUUGAUGUCAUUGGUUUGUUACUUGAUGCUUUGCCUGUUGCUUGACAUGGGAGGCAAUGUUCCAUUUGCUCUUAAGUGAAUUUGUCAAUGAAUGGGAACCAUAUUUUCUCUCUAAUUAACAUCUUUGUUUUUGUAAUGCCCAUGUGUCCUUGAUGUGCUAAUUCUAUGGCUUUCUUGCGCAAUGUUCCCGGAAUAAUGAUUUGGUUGUUUUUCAAUAAAAGGUUUCCUUUCACUGUCAAAGUUUGCUUUAUGGAAUAGAAGAUUUUCAGUUCAUCUUUGUUAAUUUCUGGAUCUGCAAUUGUUUUUAUUGUAUGCCAUUGAUUAUUUUUGUGCAGUUCGAUAACUUUUUGCAGUGUGGGGUCCUUUGAUGUUGCUAGCUCAAUUUCCUUAAUGGUCAUAGCGUUGGGUACAGCAUGUGAACUGAUGAAUCGUACGUAGUCUUCUGCUAUAUGAUCUUUGGCUGUAAUACUCUGAUUUGGAUGUCUGGAUAGAUAGUCGGAUGGGUUGUCAGAGCCUUUACGAUAUUUCACUGUAAAAUUGUAAUUUUGCAGUCUCAGCUGCCAGCGUUCUAUUCUAGCAGGCGGUUUGUUGGAAUUUCUGUGUGUUUCUUGACAUCAAAAUACGACAUCACUGGAUGUGUACAUAGGACUUUCUUUAGUGUAUCAAAUGCAGUUUGUUGUGGAGUGUCCCAUUUGAAAGUAGUGUUUUUGUGUGUUAAAGUACGGAGUGGUUCAGUGAUUGUUGAAUAAUCCUGAAUAAAUUUCGCAAUGAAUAAGUACUGUGCCAUUCCUAGCAGACUUCUUACUUCACCAACAGACCUUGGUGUUUCGAAAUUAUUAAAAUCUUCAACCAGCCUUGGAUCCGGGCUAACUCUUUCUUUUUGGAAGAUCAAUCCAAAGAAUGCUAAUCUAGAUUUGUUAAAUUUGCACUUUGAUUCAUUCAGAGUAAUGUUCUUGUCUUUCAAUCUCUGUAACACAUUUUCCAGGGCCAUGUUGUGUUUUUUUUGCGUUUCCCCCCCCCAAAUGAUGAUGUCAUCAGACAUGUUUCCCUGAUUUUGAAUACCCUGUAGUGCCUGAGUGAUAGUGUUCUGAAAAAUUUCAGCAGCACUGCUGACCCCAAAGCAUAGAUGUUUGUAUUGUCUCAACCCUUUGUGUGUGGAGAAUGUUGUCAGAUGGGAUUUGGAGCAAGAGUAAGCUGUUGAUAUCCCUGUUUCAGGUCGAGCUUUGAGAAUAUCGCUGCUCCAUUCAAUUCUGUUAUUGAAUCAUCAGUUGUUGGCAUUGGGUGUCUUGUUCUGAGAAUGGCUGUGUUUGGUUGGCGCAUAUCUACACAAAUGCGUAUGUCAUCUGUGUCCUUUUUUGGAACAAUGACAAUAGGGCUCACCCAGUUUGUGGGGCCCUUCACUGGUUCAAUGAUGCCAGCGACUUCCAGCUUUUCUAAUUCCUUUGCAACCUUUUCUCUCACAUGAAACGGGAUUCGUCGGUUGAAUAACUGGUUCGACUUCAGGAUCUUCAUGAACACAACUUCACAAUCUUUGAGGUUACCUAAACCUUGGAAAACAUCUUUGUAUUUAUCUUUUAAAUGUGUGACAUAUUCUAGUGAUUCUUUGUCGAUUUUGUCUGUAACGUAGAGAACUGACAGUGUGCAUGUGAUGUCAUGUUCGAAGGCACAUCUGUAGAAUCAUGAGUUUUCUAAUGGUGUCAUUAGGCAAUGCUAAUUAAUGACGUAUUGCUUGUGCUCGUCAUGUGAUGACAUGUCAUGUUUAUCAAUAAAUUGGAAAACCGUGAUUGUUCGGCGAUUAGAGAAUUGGAAUAUGCACUAGAGACACGUCUGUUUCUGUUGUCCGUUUCUGCCCGAUCAUAACAAAUUGGUGACAGAGAUGGAUAUUAUUUGCAUUAGCAACACGAUUACCUUCUUUAAUAUUCGGAUUGUCAACAACCCAGUUAUUCGCACUUUGCGAAGCAAUAUGUCCCGAGCCAUUGCACAUCUGGCAUUUGAACGAACCAUCACUGGGUUCUUUGUUCCCUGCUUGUGAGUUUUGGGGGCAAUUUCUUGCUAUGUGACCCUCUUUAGAGCAAAAGUAACAUGUCACACGGCGUACUGGCUGUUGACGUCCAGCAAAUUGGGAGGUCGGUUCUUUUUUUGAACAGUGGCUACGUACGAACUAUUGUUCAUUUUUAGCUCCUCUACGGCAGCUGUUAGUUUGUCCAGCCGUCCCCCAAUAGAUGUCGGUGAAGGGACGAUGACCAUGAUUAUCACCUAUCGCCAGAAACUGUUUGGAAAAGGAGAGCAUCUCAUCCAACUUCGCGUCAGGCAUUCACUUUGAUGAAAUUUAAUUCUUCAGCGGUUUUGCAUGUCAUAAGGUUUCCUGUUACAUUCUUAGCUACGUGAAAGUGUGCUAAUGUGAUUUUCUGAUCGGUUUCGACGGUGUUUUGAAAUUGUCCCAGAAUUUUUAAGGAUUUCGAUGCUCCGUAAGCGUAUACUUUGACAUCGGUGGGUUGGAGUUGAAUGUUUUUUCUUGAAUUUAUUUGCUUCCACGAAUUUUCGUCGAUGAUGUUGAUGCUUGCACCGGUGUCGAGAAGAAAUUUUAUAACCUCUUGAUUUUUUUUAACAGAAACUUCAAGCUUUCAUUUUUUGUUGCGUCCAUCGAUGUAAAAUACGUAGUCAUUUGCACUUGAUUCUUACGAUGCUGAGGUGUGUUGAUCAGCCUCGAUUUUCCGCACUGUCUGAGGAUUUGGAUGUGUUUUCCUGGCAUUUUUUGACUUGCGACAUCGAGUGAAGUGAUUCUUGCGUUUGCAUGAACCGCAGGUUUUUGCUCGAGCGGGGCAUGGCCCAGUUGUGUGUGGGAAAUCAAAUCCACAGCUGUAACACGUUGAUUUCUUUUUAGCUGCUUGUGUGGAGGUAUUGCUGUAUUUUCUCACUUGUUUUGGCUUGUUUCUGAAUUUUUGAACUGUUUUUUUCUCGGAGAAUUCAGGUUUUGGAAUUCCGGUAGAUAAAGGUUGUUGAAUUCCCAUCGCCCAAGAAAGUACGGUAUUGAAAAAACGAGAUGUCAAUAACUGAUAAUGAACUGAUGCUAGUUAGUCCUGAAAUUUGGAAAUGAUGACGUAAAAUUGAUUGAUUAUUAAUUUGCUAGCAAACAUGUUGAAAUUCUUCCUGUGUGACUUUUAAUUUUACCCUUAAGCUUAGUGCGGUUGUUGAGGUGAUGAACCAGGAAAAAACUGAUGGAAAAGAAUAACGUACAUCAUUUUACGUAAAACAUUUUCCUCUAUUAUAUAUCCAAAAUCGCCUAAAAUCUAAUUUGGGGAAAAAUUUUAUGGAAAUUUUGAAAAAAUGAGCUUUUCGACCAUAUGCACAAUAUGACCAUUGGCAAGCGGAUGGACAUUACAUAUGUCACAACACUACACUGAGAACAAUUAUUUGCCAUAAGGAAAAUGAUUUUUAGGGAAAAUUAUUGAAACCUUUACGUGGCCCCAGCCAUUUAGCCAUGCAAAGCCUUAUAUAAAAUUCUUGUAGAUAAGAGGGAAUUUGAUAAACUGAAAUUGUUGUUAUGAGGAGCUUAAAAGAAGCUGUAGUUCAUUUUUGCAGAUUAACCUUAAAUUUGUUUUUCGCAAAAAAUGCUCAUGGAUUCACCCUAAAACGCGCAAUCUAGAAAUAUUAGUUUCUGCAAACUUAAUUUCCUUAUACUUUCAUGCCAUUAUUUGCUCUUAUUUUGUUUUCAUUAAGUGUGUAUAUGACAAACCAUUUCAUUGUUAAUAAAUUUUCUAUGGAGAAAUAGUAGGUCAAAAAAGUAAAUUUGGUCACUUUUUCUGAAUAAUUGAAGGCUAAAAUGGCCUUUAUAUGUUGCUUUUUAGGGUGGGUAAAAUUUUUAUCUUUUCUAAAAUCUUUUCGCGAACCUCUGGCCUGGGGUGCUGUUUAUAUAAAGUAGGUAUGAGUGCGGUGCUACAAAUCCAGACAAAAAAUUAGCUACCUGGCAAUUAAAAGCGAAUCUCUCCGACAUAUUUUAUUCAAAUUUUUGCCCAUUAAUUUUCAAAGCCUUUACAGUACCCUCUUCCAGUGGUGGCGCCAGGGGAGGGCUAGGGGGGCUACAGCCCGUCCGUCAGAAGCAUCUAGCCCCCCAUCGGAGGAAAUUUUAGGUUAUUGUCGGAGCAAAUUUGACAAAAUAACGUACGAAAACUGCUUAUUUUAGUCAUUUUAGCCCCCCUGUCGGAAGCUCCAACCCCUCUGUCGGAAGAUUUCUGGCGCCACCUCUGUCAUCUUUCUUAAGUCUGAAGCAUCGAUAACAUUACAAAGUCAAUAUUUUUAGCUACGUCAUUGACAAUACCUCAGCACAGCUAAGUCAUUCAGUUAGCCAUCAUUGAAUAGGUGAUUUGGAGUAUGUUAUAGAGGAAAAAGUUCUGCACUGAGUGGUAGAAAAUUUGCUUUCCAACAAUUUUUUUUCCGGUUGACCUUGAUUUCAACCCUACACGGCCGCACUAGCUGUGAGACGCUCUUUCCUGUCUCUUGAAAACUGAGCAAGUCCUUUACAUUUACCAAAUUAUUAAAGGCAUUGAGUCAUAGUAAAUAUGCCUUCUCUUUAGGGGAUCAUUUGGUUUCGGCGUGAUCGCUGCUGUUUCAUAUGGUAUUUGCAUCCGUAGUUGAAAAUUUGCUAUUGAUGAAAGUUGUUUUGUCAAUCAGUACGAGGUGCAUUCGUGUGACCAGGUAAAGGUCAACCAAUAGCAUCGCAGUCAUGAAAAUCAUGACUCAGCGGAUUUUGGCACUUAAGGUAUACCCAAUCCAUUUUAUCAUGACUCAAUGCCUUUAAGCGAUCUUUUGGCUUGGCGGUUUGCGAUAGGAUCAUUUUUCGCCUCGUGAUUUUCUUCUCCCGGUAUCCGGGCGAUAUCCCUUUUGCUUCAGGGCUGACGUAAUUUUACUUCCAUUUUCGAUGUUAGUAUUCAGUCCGAUACCGACCUACAAUAUUUGGAACACCCGGCUACUUACGCUGCAUUUGAUAUCUUUCAUUCCUUUCAUGAAAAACAAAUUACUACUUCCGCCCCCUUCCCCCUAAAACAAUGUUGAUAAUUUAGAGAAAUAUCAUAAAAGAAGCGCAAAAGAAAGUGCUUACUAAAAUCCUAACCCUUUUUAUAGUAAGCCAUCAUUGUUCUGUAGGGGAGAGGGGGGUAAUUGAUUUUGACCUUGGAAAUUGACGUCAGUGUUCCAAGACUUUUGGCAGGCAUUGUAGGCCUGCAUCUCUAAUCAACAGAUUUUACAGGCUUCUGCGGCAAGAUGUGCAAAAGAAAAUGUCUUUUACCUAUUUUGAAAGUAAUCUGUCUCAAACCCUUGUUUUUUGUUUCCCUGUUAGAUAUUUUUUGCAGAUUGAUGUAUAGUAUAGGGUUAGAUCUCUCUGAGUAUAAGACAUGAAUAAUAGCGACCAUAAAUCUACUGUUUGCUGGAGGGUCUGCUAUAGUGAGCAAUUUAAAAUGCCUGUGACAUGAUCUUCAUACUAGCCACACUUGAUAUUUUCGAAUCUGGCGUUAUUUUUUCCAUUUUUUGGUAAAAAACGCACUUCUUGACAUUUAUUCCCACUUUAGUCCAAUUCCAAGUCAAAUUUCAUUUCAUUAAGCAACUUUCUUAAAGCGUGUAUAUUAAAGAUCUAUUUACUUAUUGUCAUAAGCAUAAAGAAGAAUUCAGAGAUUAUAGAAAGAAAGUCCGUGAGUGUUGCCUAGGACACUGAGAUAAACUCACAUUAAGGUUAGAUCCGUGACGUCACAGGAUGAAGCUUUUCCAUCCUCGAGUCCAUCAUUCAAGAGGAUUAGAUUGAGGAGAUAUCGUUACACCAAAAUGAGCGACUUUUUCGACGAUUUAAAUGCUAGUAAAGAGGGAAGCUUGGAUGGCAGUGAUAGUGAUCUACGUUGAUCCACACACUUGCAAAAGAUUAUUUGAGAUGUUAGAGGCAAUACAAGAAUCGUGUCACAAACACUUCAAGUUGAAGUCGGAUUUUGGUGGGGAGACGAACCAGCAUUUGCCUGAAGGUCGGUUGGUUUUCAAAAUUUUGCGCCAUUUGCAUAGCGCAGUUAAAGUCAAUUUUAUUGUUUUCACACCGCAUAAUAUAUCAUAUAGUAAGAAAAUUCGUGGCACUUAUGGAAACAAGCCAGUUUCGAAUAAAAAGACGAAAGAGAGUCAAGCGAAGAGUGAAAUGAAACUCUGGUUUAUAUGAUGCAACUAUGAUAUAUAAUGAGGUUGAUUAAAUGCUGUAAAACACCAUGAAAUGUAUAUUUUUCCUUCGGCCUAAUGCGCAUGCCCAUGUGAUGCACAUCAAAAAAUGGGAAUUCAUACUCGUCUCUCCAACAAGAUUUACUGGUUAAUACAAUACUUGGAAUGGCAAAGGAAAUAUCCUUGCACAUGUUAAAAGAGGUUUGGUUCAGAUUUAAUGCUAUUUUCUUAUAUACAAAGGCGGCCUAUAUCAUCGAUAUUUGUAAAUUCUUCUGUAGCUCAAACAAAGUCAAUUGUUAAACGACGAGAGUCGGGUUUUCAUUCUAAAAGUAAUUUUUCUUUUCUAAAGAGGUUUUCUGACCAAAAAGAUAAUGGAAGAACAGCCUCUAUCCACGAUUUAAACUAGCGAUCGAAUGAAAGAAUUUUGUCAUGGCGUUGUGAACUGUCCGUCCCGCCUAGCAGCGGCGUUAGCCAAACUGUAACAACGAUAGCAAUACAAGAUAAGCUUGGAAAGGAUGCGCCAUUAGAGCAGAUUCGUGGACUGCAAAUGUAUAACCUCGCCUUCAAGGAUGCAUUGAUCUUGUAGCAACAGGAGCUAUAUAUCACGAAAACUGCUUUUCGCGUUUCAUAUAAGGCAAACGAUUGCAAAUACCAGGGGUCCUUAAAAAACAGAAUUUAUCUAUCAGUGAAAUUGUUGAAAAUUAUUACUCUCGUUUAUAAUGAAGAAUUUUCAAUAAUCUUAGCUGGUUAGCAACGAGACUUACUUUGCUAUUGUUCUUAUUUUUUAUUUCUAAACCUUAUUUCUCAAUUGUCCACUUAAAUACCAGAAUCUUUCGGCAGUUGGUAAUGUCCAUCCACUUGCACAAUAUUGUGCAUAUGGUCAAAAAGCUCGUGUUUUUAGAAUUUCCAUAAAACUUUUUCCCCAAAUUGGAUUUUAGGCAAUUUUGGAUAUGUAAUAGAGGAAAAAAUUAUACGUGAAAUGAUGUACGUUUGUUUUUCUACUAAUUUUUUCUUGCUUCAUCACCUCAACGACUGCACUAAAAAUGGUUUAUGACGAAAGAAGAUCUGGGUGAUAAAAAUUGUGCAAAACAAGUACAGUACAGCAGCAAAGUCGUUCCUUAACAUUGGGACUUUGCCCAUUAUGUCCAAGCGCACGUGGAAUACUUUUUCCACAUUAUACAUCUUCGAAUGCGUCAUCUUCCUAGGUUACAUAACAGCAUGAAAUUAUUUUUUGCGAAGCGACGAAGAAGCAAAAUGUCUUCUGAGUCCAAGGUUUUUAUCACCUGUUGGCGGCGCAUAUUUUAGUAAUUUACCGCUAAAAUUAGAAGCAGCUAUGUCAGAUAAAGAUGAUCAAUCGGUUGGGGGGGGGUGGGAGUAACUAAGCCUAGUUUUGAACGGGGACGUGUCCUUUUGGUUGAAUGAUUUAAAGUGACCCAUAAUUCCGCAAACAUGAUGAAAACUAAAACCCAUAGUUCCGCAAAGCAAGUAAAAAUCUUAAAGCACAACAAAUGUAUCAUACAAAUUUUGCUUGUUCUUUGCCUUUAAAUCUCAAUAUAACACAUAUAUCAUAUUUUCUUUUCUAACUGGUCAUUCAAUUUGUUAAUGCCAAAUUUUCCUCCUAAUAAUCUUGCAAUAUUUUCGAAAAAUGGUAUUUAUAAUUCUGCAUGUUUCUUCAAGUUCCGCACAUAUUUCAAAAACUGAUACCGAUGUUUCCGCAUUUUCAUAAAAAAGGUCAUCCUAAAUAAUGGCACACCCCCGUCCCUUCAAACAUGUUAAGGUAAACAUUCUUCUCGUUCGUUGAGCGGACAUAUUGGAUGUUGUUCAAUUAAAUGUUCACUUCGUUUGACCAGGCUUUAAGCGGAUUCUGGUACAGAGCACCAAUCUGGCGAGUUUGUCAUUCUAUACAACACUAACACUAUGAAAACACUAUGAACGUACAUUCAAUUAUCAUAUGUCCGACAAAUUUGAAAGCCACUGUUAAUGGUAGAGAUAAGUUCAAUAACAGUGAGGAAAUCCAUUAAGUUCUCAUAUCAAAGGAAAAAUAAGUUCUUUCUUAAAAGACAAAAUUAAGUUUUAAACCGAGAUGUAGUCUCAAGACCUGAAUUAGGAGAUUUAGAAACCAACACAAUAUUUUUAACGCUCUGCAUAAGGCGUAACCAUUCAUGUUCUUUCCUUCCUUGACUGUGUUAAACAAUCCACACAACUUGUGCAACAAAAAUUUCUGAUGUUAUUGUGACGAUAUAGGAUGCUCAGUUGACGGAAAUAUGCGUCUUAAAGCAUUAAGCUUUUAUGAUUAUUUGUUAAACUGCAAUCUUUUUUGCUAGCAUGCAAAACAGAAGGAGUGACAUUUCAAACAGAAAUGGCAGCUGGUAUAUGGAGAAAUGUACCUCUUGUGAGAUAUCUUUCUAUGUGUUUUGCAAUGGCUCAUAAGUACAAACAUACAAAGAAUAUACAAACAAGACCGGAUUGAGGAGCUAAUCGUGAAGAGAAAGUAGCUCUUUCAUAUGAUGUCACAAAUAAACUAGCAGUAAUUCAACGUACGGUCAAAGCAUCUUGAAAACUGAUUACUAUAGAAGUUCUUGCAAAGCUUUUCAUACAAACCAUGAUAAAUUUGAUCAAAGUUAAGUGCAAAUAAGUGCAAAGUUCGAGUUCUUAUUGUCUACGUCAUUUCAAAAAACAGUCUAGUCUGAUUGCCAAUUUGAGAAGCAGCAUAACUUUGACUGAGAAGCGGCAUAGCAUAACGUAAAGUUAUUUGGUCACAGCCAUGAACGAUUCUACAAACGCGAAUAGUUUGAAAUGCAGGAUUACAUUUAACAUUUAAAAACAGAAAACAGUAAUUAGACAAAAAUUAGACAGAAAAAUUCCAACCAGAUACACAUUUAUUUGCGUUAAUUUUCUUCAGUGAACUUUGAAUCUCUUCUGACACGCUGCAAACAAUAUUGAAUCACUUUAUUGCAGCCUCUUUUCAUUAAUGCUAGGCCAAUUUUCAGUCAAAGUUAUGCUGCUUCUCAAAUUGGCAAUCAGACUAGACUGUUUUUUGAAAUGACGUAGACAAUGAGAAACUCGAACUUUGCACUUAUUUGCAUUUAAUUUUGACCAAAUUUGAGAAGCAGCAUAACUUUGACUGAAAACUGGCCUAGCAUUAAUGAAAACAGGCUGCAAUAAAGUGAUUUAAUAUUGUUUGCAGCGUGUCAGAAGAGAUUCAAAGUUCACUGAGGAAAAGUAACGCAAAUCAAUGUGUAUCUGGUUGGAAUUUUUAUGUCUAAUUUUUGUCUAAUUACUGUUUUCUGUUUUUAAAUGUUAAAUGUAAUCCUGCAUUUCAAACUAUUCGCGUUUGUAGAAUCGUUCAUGGCUGUGACUAAAUAACUUUAAGGGCUGCCAAACAUAACGCACAACCCGUUCCAGACCAUAAUUUAUUUCAAAGUUUUAAAACUACGUCCUAUAUUUGAAAUCCUAUUUCCACAAAACGAUUCGAUCAAAUUUGAUAUAAGUUAUAUUUUACUUGUUUCUCUAGACAGGAUAAACAGGCAUGCAACAAAAUGGAACGUGAAAUUCAAUAAACUAUAAUGCGACUAACAAAGAAAGACACGAUGUAAAGGUUGUUGUGAAAUUAAAUUGAUCCCACAUGCAUUGUUUGAGAUAGAAAGUCGGAACAUUUAGACAGUCAUUUCUUAUUUCCAAAUCUUCAAAUUUGCUUAGGAAGAAGCAAUAUUGAGGGUGCACAGGGGCUCAUCCCUCGUGUCGAAAUUCAAAGAAGUAGAGCUCAAGCAGCUUAUCGAUUUAAGCCAUCGUAUAUCAAGACAUGGAUGCUUAUAGAAAUCUCAGCGCGUGACAUUCUUGCGAGUAAAAUUAAAAUCUACUUCGCUUAGAUGUUUUGUUGAUUCUUGAGCUUGGGUCAUCUUUAUGUUUAUAUAGGAAGAUUUGUCUAUGUUGUCUAUCUGCUGAACACACAAUGAUUUUUAUCAUCAUUUCAAAUGUUGUUUAUAAUAUCAUGUGUCAUUAAAUCACUGGAAAGAUCAUAUAAGAACACCUUUAUAAUUUUCUGGAAAGGCAUGAAAUACUAUAUACUUUUUAUUUGAUUUUUUUCAUUCUAUUAAUCAUACCCUAGUUACCCUAACAAAACCUAUAAACAUCACAUUAUACAAUAGGAAAUUCGGUCAUGGGGAAUUUAUUGAUUUACAGAAUGUAUUGACACCGUGAAUCUUGAUUUUCUUUUGAUAAAAAUCCAGCAUCAUGGAGUUGAAAGGGUUUUUUUUAUUCGUCUAAGUCCUCUCUCGGAUAGAAAACAGUAUGAGGUAUGUUGAGGCAUUUUUCUUCAAAGUAAGUUGCUUUCUACCAUUUGAUAUUUUAAUGAUAUUUUACCCUUCCUGCAAUAUAGAAUUUGACAUUAAUCAAGUGUUCUUAUUCCAAAAAAAGGUUUACAAGAACAAUUUAUUUUAAACUUUCUUUCACAUUCUACUUAUAGUUUUUCUCGCAAAGGCGAUAUUUUCUAACUCAAAAAAACCCAGUCAAUUUUGUCUCGGAUCAGUACAUUUGCAUGGAGCCAAAUGCUGGAACUAUGCAUGUC